UUGCGCAUUCCGGAUCGCUACACAAUUCUUGGUGGGUCAACCCUCGUCGGUGCAUCAACCAAACCUAUCAUCGACAGCUGACGCCCACGGUGCUGACGCGUCGAGAACUCUACCAUGUUCUCAAACCGGUACCGUCUUUCUGCAGCUGCUACUUUUUCAGUUUUAUCGUUCUUCUUUGAUUGUGGGUGAAGAAGCUGAAAGAGCCGCUCCUGAAUGCUCCCCUGCUCCCUCGGGUAAGCCUUGAAAGCAUCUGGUGAUCCUCUGUUGUGGAACCCCCUCCAUGGAUGCUGACGGUGUGAAGCAGCCCUUGCUGUCGAAGCCGCUGGAUUCAACUCAAACGGAUAAAAAGGAACUCAAGAGAAGCAGAUUUCGGCGCUGCAAAAGUGCUCCUCUUGCAGAAGCUUUUCCUCAAGAAGCGGAUCUCAAUGGCUCAAAUCAGCGUUCCCAGUCCAUACUAGGGAAUCUCCACCCCAGUUUCAAAAGAGUUGCAAUAAUCUUGGGAUUCUACCUAGGAUUUGGCACAUUAUGCCUUUACCUCAUGGGGAAUGAGAUUGAUGGAGAAAAGACAAACGACCUUCUCGAUGCAGUUUAUUUCUGUAUCGUGACAAUGACCACUGUUGGGUAUGGGGACCUUGUGCCAGGCAGCGUUCUGACAAAACUACUUGCUUGUGUCUUUGUCUUCUCUGGGAUGGCUCUUGUGGGCCUAAUUCUGAGCAAAGCGGCAGAUUACCUUGUAGAGAAGCAGGAAAUCCUGCUGGUCAAAGCCCUGCAUUUGCGUAACAAAGUUGGCCCAACUGAAAUGCUAAAAAAAAUCGAAACCAACCGAGUGAGAUAUAAGUGUGUCACAGCCUUGAUCCUUCUGCUGUUGCUCAUAGUUGCUGGAACAACUUUCCUAGCUUUAGUUGAGAACCUCGACAUUGUUGAUGCUUUCUACUGUGCGUGUUCUACCAUCACAACACUAGGAUACGGAGAUAAGAGUUUCUCGACCAAAGCAGGGCGUGUUUUUGCUGUGUUUUGGAUACUGACAAGUACGAUAUGUCUGGCUCAGUUUUUCCUCUACAUUGCUGAGCUGAACACGGAAAAUAGACAGAGGGAAUUGGUCAAAUGGGUUCUCUCUAGGCGGAUGACUAAUGUCGAUCUGGAGGCAGCUGAUCUUGAUGAUGAUGGGGUUGUUGGGGCUGCUGAGUUCAUUAUAUAUAAGCUCAAGGAAAUGGGGAAGAUUAGUCAAGAAGAUGUAUCACUAAUUUUAGAGGAGUUUGAUGAUCUUGAUGUUGAUCAAUCAGGAACUCUAUCCGUUUCUGAUAUAGCACUUGCACAACCAUCCUAAGCGGAGACGUGAUCGCCCUAUCCUGUAGCGAUUGAUGACUUGUAUAGUUGUGUGUCUCGUAUUGGAUUAUUGGUUG